AUGUGGAACAUGCUAACGUGGAGGCCUGUGGGUCCCCACAGCACCAACCAGCCCAUGGAGGACCCUCCAGAGACCCCACAACCGGCACCCCUUGGAGUCCUGUGCCCACCGGAGGCUGCUCUCUUCCUCCUCUACUCCCUGGCCACCCUGGCCUCCUGCCUGCUGGAGGCGGCCAGCCACGGCCUGGUGAUCCAAGCAGCGGGGCCCUGCCUGCCUCCCCCACUGUCAGCUGCCUGGUUCGGGCACCAGGCUGUGACCGAUGUCGCCUUCAUGGUCCUCCUGCCUUUGAUCCUCACCUGGACAUGUUCCGGCUGGCCCUGGGGUGGUGCCUUCUGCCACCUGGACCCCGGCCUCGACUUUCUGGCCUUCUACGCCAGUGGCCGCCUGCUGACCCGGGCGGCCGCCGACUGCUGCGCCGGGCUGCUCUGGCCGGCCUGGGCGCUGGCCCACCGAGGAGCCCGCCGGGCGGCUUUCUGGGCCGGUGCGUUCUGGCUCUUUCUGCUGGUCGUGCGCGUGUGGGCCCUGCGAGCCCCGUGGGGCUGGAGGAACCGGGCCGAGCCUUAUAACAGGACGUCCACCUGGGAGUCGCCCCACUUCUCCUCCAACCUGGCGCUGAAUCAGCUGGUGUUUGGCUUUGGGGUGCCUCUGGGGGUCCUGAGUGCCCUUCACAGCCUCCUGAGGGCCAAGCUGUACCUGGCACGGCUCACGGGGAGGCCCCCGCUGCUGGGGGUGCCCUGGGCUUCGGGGUCCAUGUUAUUUCUCUGCUGGUUCCCCUUCCACCUGCUGCUUCUGGUGAAGCUGGUGGGGACGAGGAAGGCCCCGCUGGACAUGGCAGAGGUCUGGGUGCUGCUCAGACCUCUGGGGCUCACCCUGGUGGGGGCCAGCGGCUGCCUCAACCCUCUGCUCUAUGCGUGCGGGGACCAGGCCUUCAGGCAGCGGCUGUGGGGGGCCCUCUGGUCUGGUUGGGCAACGCAGAUAGAGACCCAACCUUCCUGCCAGGAACUGAGGGAAAUUUCUGAGGGGCUGGGACAGUGA